AUGUUUCCCGCUAUGCAUUGUGGGCGGAAGACGUCCGGCAGAAUAUUUUAUUUGCGCAUGCGCACACGUAUUCCUUCCUUUCUAACAUCCGAGCAAACGAGACAAGAUGGGUCAUCAGCAGCUCUAUUGGAGUCAUCCUAGAAAAUUCGGUCAGGGAUCCCGAUCCUGCCGGGUAUGCUCGAACAGACACGGUUUGAUCCGUAAAUACGGGCUCAACAUGUGCCGCCAGUGCUUCAGGCAGUACGCGAACGACAUCGGCUUUGUCAAGCUGGACUAAAUGCAUUGGAUGCUGAAGGUUCCCCAGGAGGUCAAACCAACUGGGAACGGGAUGAUCCAGCAAUGAAAAUAAAUGUUUUCUGUUCUA